UUAAAAGAAAAUAAAUAACUUUUUGAAUAUUUUAAAACUUUUUCCAUUUAUAAGAAUCCCUUUUUAACAAUAAGUUUUUAAGCCAUCUUCAUGUAAUGUGGACUUUAUGACACCAGAAAUCAAAUUAAGUUCCUGAAGUACUAAAACAAGGAAAUGAACAAGAAAGAAAUAUUCAUACCUUUACAAAUAUGGCUGUGUAUCAAAUGGAAUAUUUCCAUCAGUACACUUUAAGUAUACUGUGUACACUGCAUACUUACUUCCUGAGUACUGUCCCAUUACUUUUUUUUGUAGUGCACUUCACCCAAAAGGCUUUCUUCUCUUAACUCCGUCCCAUUGUUUCAAGUUAGUCCCGCCUCUUCCGCCAGCCAACAUGGCGACUAUUGAGUGUGCUAAGUUUCCAUCAAUGCACACUCACCAUUUUGAGUGUAACAUGCUAGUACUGACUAUAAACACAUUUAUGUACUUUGAAGACUAAGUGGAAGUACACAAGUGUACACAUUUAUCCACUCAAAAGACUAGGUGUAAGUACACAAGUGUUCCUACUUAUGCACUCAAAAGACAAGGCGUAAGUACACGAGGGUACUCACUUAAGCACUUAAAAGACUAAGUGUAAGUAUCUCAAAAGACUAGGUGUAAGUACACAAGUGUACACACUGAUCCACUCAAAAGACAAAGUGUAAGUAUACAAGUGUUCCUACUUAUACGCUCAAAAGACAAGGCGUAAAUACACGAGGGUACUCACUUAAGCACUUAAAAGACUAAGUGUAAGUAUACCAGUGUACACACUUAACCACUCAAAAGACUAACUGUAAGUACAAAAGUGUACCCACUUAUCCACUCAAAGGACUGGGUGUAGGUACACAAGUGUACACACUUGUACACUCAACAGACUAGGUGUAUGUACACAAGUGUACACACUUUUGCACUAAAAGGACCAGGUGUAAUACAUAAGUGUACACACUUAGGCACUUAAAAUACUAAUUGUAAGUACACUAGUGUACACACCAAGGCACUUAAAAGACUAGGUGGAAGUAUACGAGUGUACACUCCUCGAUACUUAAAAGACUAAAUGUAACACAAGUGUACACUCUUAUGCAUUAAAAAAGCUAGGUGUCAGUACACGAGUGUACACACUAACCCACUUAAAAGACCAAGUGUAAGUACACAAGUGUACACAUCUAUGUAUUCAAAAGACUAUGUAUUAGUACACAAGUGUGAACUCUUUUGCACUCAAAAGAUGAAGUGUAAGUACACAAGUGUACACUCGUAUGUACUCAAAAGGCCAAGUGUAGGUACAGAAGUGUACACUCUUAUGCACUCAAAAGACGAAGUGUAAGUACACAAGUGUACACUCUUAUGCACUCAAAGGACCAAGUGUAAGUACACAAGUGUACACUCUUAUGCACUCAAAAGACGAAGUGUAAGUACACAAGUGCAGAGGUCCAAUCAGAUCCUGUUUAAAUCCAAAGAAAAAGGUGAAAUAUGAAGUUGAUUUAGUAAAACUGAAAAGAGCCCUUCCUAAUCUUCUUCCCAGUUUCAGUCAGCAGUGUUUGUUCUUCAGGACUCUGAGCACCUUCUGGUUCCUGCUCUUGAAGGCCAGCACAAAGUUGUGAGGGCCAACCUUCCCUCGGCCCUCCUGGUCCACCUCACCCAUGAAGAUGUAGUUCAGGCCUGCAUGGGGGGUCACACACACACAGCCUGAAUGCACAUCCAGGUGGAGCAGGAGCACGAGGAGGAGAAAGAAAAGGAGGAGGAGAAGAAAGAAAAUGAGGAAAAGACAAGAAGCUUUUUCCCAGGGCUAAACCUUGGGAAAUCUCACCUCUGGUGACGAGGGGACACUUGCGACACAGGACCAGGAUCUUGGUGCUCAUGGUCUUGCCCGCCUGCUGGAUGGCCAGACUGCCUUCCUUCAACACGCUGACGAUGGACACGGUGACGUGAGCGCUGCCUCCUCUGCUCACGGCCGAGAUGACCGUGCCUGUGAUCACUGCAGGCUGCGCAGCGGAAAAGACGGACAGGAAGCCGCUCCCGGCCGUGUUGGCGUCCGACAGCAUGUGCAGCAUCAUCUUGUUGCCCGUGGAAACCAGUGCCCCCGGCUUGAGGGUACCACAGAAGCGGCCCAGCCGCUGACCGCUGGCGUGGCCGCUGUACACGUCCACGUAGUCGUAGCGACACAGGCGGUCGCUCUCCAGGUCCAGGAAGCGGAAGGACAGCACCACCACCUUCCCUUCCGGGACCUGCGGGGCAGCAGGUUCGUUUUCACAUUCUAUCAGGGUGGCGAUCAAAAUGAAGCGAACGUACAAGAGGGGGAACGCCGUCAUCAAACUCGCGGCUAACCAGAAGAAAAGCACUUCCGCUUCCGGUCCUGUCAAAAUCAAAGCCGGACCUUGGACCUUGGACCUUCAUUGCAAGUGGAUCGCAGGACUGGGACCGAAAGUAGCAGCUGACGUGCCCCCCCCCCCCCCCCCUCCCUCCGCCCCUCCCCCCGACAUGGCGUCAGGCCACCAGGUCCACUCCACCGUCCUGCAGGAGGAGCUCACCUGUCCGGUGUGCUUGGACGUCUACCGCGACCCCCUGCUGCUCCCGUGCGGCCACAACUUCUGCCGCAAGUGUCUGGAUCGACUGCGGCAGGAAACGGAGCGCAGCCGCUUCCGCUGCCCGGAGUGCCGCGACAGCCACAGCUGCAGCAUGCACCUGCAGAGGAACUUCAAGCUGGGCAACAUCGCCGACGACUUCCGCUCCAGCAACACGGCGGCGGCCGCCAAAGAGUGCGUGACCUGGACGGGACCCAAAGGCUCCGUCCCGUGCGACUACUGCCUGCCUCCCGCCUCCACGGCGUCCUCCUCCUCCUCCUCCGCCUCUCCUGAAAAGGGCGACAUGCAAGAAGGCGGCUUCGGCGUGGCGGUGAAGAUGUGCCUGAAGUGUGAGGUGUCCAUGUGCCAGGAGCACGUCAAGCCUCACCUGGAGCUGCCCGUCUUCAGAGACCACCUGCUGACUGAAACCAUCUGUGACUUCUGGAAGAGGAAGUGUCCCGACCACGACGAGUUCUACAGGUACUACUGCGUGGACGACAAGGUGUUUGUGUGCAACUCCUGCACCAUCGAAGGUCGCCACCAGGAGCACGCCGUGAGGACCAUGAAGAACACCAUGAAGGACAUGAAGCAGGAGUCGCUACACAAGCAGCUGGGCAAGGUGGUUCGGAAGCAGGCCUUGGCCAAGAAGAGGCUGCAGGAGCAGAACCAGAAGGACAGACAGAGAGAGUUCCUGCAGGACUCCGAGGAGCAUCUGGCGGCGCUGCGGGAGACGCUGGAGGGCAAGGUGUUGGGCUUCAUGGGCCGGCUGAUGGAGUGCACGCGCACGUUCUGUGACGCUAACGGCACCGCCAUCUCCAAGAACAUCUCCCGCAUCCACCAGGACCUGGACCGACUCCAGGAGGCGCAAAGCGGCAUCCAGGACCUUCUGCAGGAGAAAGACCCCUUCUGCUUCAUCGAGGCCAGCCAGACCACAGGAAGGAGGUGCACCAGCCUGCUGAGGAAGAACAUCUUCUACCCCAAGUACGUGGACACGGAGACCGCCAUCGUCAGCGUCAUGAUGGAGGAGGAGAUGCGUAAGUUUGUGGAGGUCACGCUGCGGAGGGAAAUCAUGGCCGCCAUCAACUCCAUCUGUCAACUCCCCGAGGAGGAGGAAGGCGAGCAAACUCAGAACGAGGAAGUGACCAGGGAGACUGACGACGACGAUGAUGAUGACGAUGAUGUCGAUGACGACGAGGAUGACGUCCUGGACGACAGCAGCGAGGAGAUGAGCGAAGAAGAGGAGCACAGUGAAGGUCACGACGGGAGUGACUCCGAGGAAGAUGUUUACAUCCCUGAGGACGAUGAUGAUGAUGAUGAUGAUGAUUAUGAAGACGUGGAGGAGGAAGAUGAAGAGAAUGAAAUGGAGCUCACCGACAUCUCAUGAGAAGGUCACACACACACACACACACACACACACACACACACACACACACACACACACACACACGAAUGUAGAAUCCAAUGUUUUUUUCCUAAAAAAAAAGAAUAUUCUAGCAUGUUGCUUUGCCAAAGACUGGCAGACUUUGCUCCAUUCACCCGACUUUGCACUUUUAAUGCUGUGAUGCUAGGCUACCUAGCCCAAUAUAGCAAUGUUUUGAUACAGGCGAUGUCUCACGGGCCAAAUAGCUAAUAAAGGAUUGACGUUGUGGACGUGGUUUUGUUUUCUCAUCCCCGCUUUGGCAGCACUUAAUUGUGCGGAGGAGGUCUCGUAGCCUCUGUGCAACAACUGAUUCUGCAGGGAAGGAUUCAUUUCCAUGCUUAGUGCUUAGUGGCCACAUGCGUGAACGGCAUCUUUGAGCUCUAAUUUACAAAACUGUGUACACUACUGAAUUGGGGUCUUACGGCCACUUAUGUGGACACUUAUACUGCCAUCUGCUGGUGUCAGAAGAGUAUAACAUACAAUGCAAUUUGGAAAACAAUAAGAAUUAGCAUGUCACUGAACAUGAAGUACACGUUUGUGUACUUAUGGACUAGGUACAUCAUAUCAAAAGAUGAUUCUUAGUUUUUAUUUUAAUUAGGGUCCAAAAAGACCAAAGGAUAUUCUUGCAUGUUGCUUUGCCGAAGACUGGCAGACUUUGCUCCAUUCACCCGACUUUGCACUUUUAAUGCUGUGAUGCUAGGCUACCUAGCCCAAUAUAGCAAUGUUUUGAUACAGGCGAUGUCUCACGGGCCAAAUAGCUAAUAAAGGAUUGACGUUGUGGACGUGCUUUGGUUUUCUCAUCCCCGCUUUGGCAGCACUUAAUUGUGAGGAGGAGGUCUCGUAGCCUCUGUGCAACAACUGAUUCUGCAGGGAAGGAUUCAUUUCCAUGCUUAGUGCUUAGUGGCCACAUGCGUGGACAGCAUCUUUGAGCUCUAAUUUCCAAAACUGUGUACACUACUGAAUUGGGGUCUUACGGCCACUUAUGUGGACACUUAUACUGCCAUCUGCUGGUGUCAGAAGAGUAUAACAUACAAUGCAAUUUGGAAAACAAUAAGAAUUAGCAUGUCACGGAACAUGAAGUACACGUUUGUGUACUUAUGGACUAGGUACAUCAUAUCAAAAGAUGAUUCUUAGUUUUUAUUUUAAUUAGGGUCCAAUAAGACCAAAGGAUAUUCUUGCAUGUUGCUUUGCCAAAGACUGGCAGACUUUGCUCCAUUCACCCGACUUUGCACUUUUAAUGCUGUGAUGCUAGGCUACCUAGCCCAAUAUAGCAAUGUUUUGAUACAGGCGAUGUCUCACGGGCCAAAUAGCUAAUAAAGGAUUGACGUUG